AAGUUCACCCUUUUGUAGGUGACGCCAUUCCGAAUGAAAGUGAAAUACAUAUAGCACGUCCUGCGGCUCUUUUAAUUUACAUGCAAUUUAUUCUGUCGAAUAGGGCAUAAGGGCUACAAAAGAAAAAGAAACGCACAAAACACUUGUGACAAUGAUCUGGAAGCUGUGUCUCCUGUGUUUAGCUGGGAGUCUGGGAGCAGUCCACGCAGGCCCUAUCAGGAAGAGCGGCAGGACGGCAGAUAAGGCUGCGCCUCAGGAAGAAGUCAACGUGCUCAUGUUUGGAGUCAUACAGCUGAGCGAAUCGCUCAACUAUGUUUUUGAAACCACCGAGGCAAAGAUAGAAAGAAUCAGCAAGACCCUGAGGAGUCACGAAGAAACUCUCCAACGGCUGGGGAAGCAGGCUGAACAGGCUGCAGAAGUGGAGCAACAGAUGAAGGGAGUCGUACAGCUGCUACAGGAACAAAUGGCAAAACAACAGACCCAGAGCCAGAUCACAAAAGAUUGGCUGAACAGCAUAGAGAAGGACGAGGAGGAGCUGAAGGCAAAGGUUCAACGGUUGGAGACGUACAUCAAUAGUGCUGCGCCCGACACCCUCAAGGAGCUGCAGGAUAAAGCGGAGGAGCAUUUCCAACUUUUGAGAGGUUUGCAGACCUGGACCCGGGUCCAAAAAAACAAUAUCGAGAUUCAGGAUGAGCAGCUUUCCAAACUGCAGAAGAUGAGUGAAGCACUAUCAUAGCUGACUGAAGAUCCAUCAGUUCACUGAAUAAGAAGUCCAUCUAGUUCUCAACUCCUCAUCAUUAUUGCACUCCAAUAGUCCUAUAUAUGUUAGUUCACGUUAAUGACUUUUUUUUUUUAUACAAAUUAAGUUAAACUAUACAGAUUUCUUUGUCAUUUGUAAAUAAAUACUACACAUAAUUUAAAAA